AUGGAUGUACACAAGGAAGCACGCAAUAUCAUUAUUGAGGCGAAUAAGAGUGGCAACAUGGACGUAGUUAGGGUCCAAGCCAUCCCACCAAAGGUUUGGGGAGAGGUAUGUACGACCCUAGACUGUCAACGACUGCUACAAUAUAACAGAGUACUGCUAACGACGUCAUUUAUAAAGGAGCUAGAGAUGGUGAUCGCGGCUAAGGAGAAGGCUGAACAGCCAGCCUUUACGCAUCGCAAAAUUCAGGAAGCGGUACCAGUACAGCCC